AUGGCGACCGAGACCGUCCCUGUUAAUGGCCUGUACGGGGCAACCCAUUAUGGCCAGCCUGCUGAACUUGCCGCCUCGACCCCCUCUGCGCCGGCUCAUGCUGCCUCCGCUUCUCAAAGCACUACCACCUCCGCCACUCAGCAAAAGGCAGACCCUCAAGAGAUUGGCUGGUACUUUGUGGAGCAGUAUUAUACAACUCUAUCUAAGAGUCCAGAAAAGAUCCACCUGUUUUAUUCCAAGAAGUCACAGCUGGUCACGGGCGUCGAGGCUGAGAAAGUCGUUCCUGCUGUUGGGACAAAGGCCAUCAGCGAGAAGAUUAAAGCCCUCGAUCUCCAAGACUGCAAAGUGCGCGUCCUCAAUGUCGACUCCCAGGCCUCGUUCAACAACAUUGUAGUCCAGGUGAUUGGCGAGAUGUCCAAUAAGUCAGAACCGCAUCACAAAUUUGUUCAAACUUUCGUCCUUGCUGAACAACCCAACGGCUACUUCGUCCUCAACGAUAUCUUCCGCUACCUUAGUGAUGAUGAGGACGAGAUUGUUGAAGAUGAACAACCUCAGGCAGAAGUCCCGGCUGAAGAGCCGCCCACCCCUGCUGCAGGUGUGGCAGAUAUCCCAUCUCAUAGUGGAGACGUCGUUGCUACCGAGGACGCUGUUGAGAAGGUUGACGAGAUACUGGCGGAGGAAAAGGUGGAAGAAACACAAGCAGCUGAAGAAGCAGCCGAGGUCAAUGGCGAUGCCGUUCCUGCUCCUGCUGAAGAAGCAGCAGAGGCUACAGAGCUCUCAGGUCCCACGGAGGAGGCCAACAAUGUUGCCCAAGAGACUACCGAGCCUGCCGUAAGCGAGCAGCCUGCUGAACCCGAAGCCGUUGCAGCCGAACCGGCCACAGAGGCAGCUGCGCCAGCCCCAACUCCUGCCGAAGCACCUCCCGCGAAAAAGACUUGGGCCAGCAUGUUGGGAGGUGGCGUUCAAAAGCCAGCUGUUCCCGCCCUUCCUUUGACUCCUGCACCACAACCAAAAGCUCCCCGACCUACGCAACCUACACAAGCCCCUAAAGCUCCAGUGGAACCUGUACCAGCAACCCCGAACACAACUUCCAGCACCCCGACCUCACAGAGCAAUGGCUGGCAAACUGCAGAUCACAGCAAGAAGAGCAAUCGACCACCGAACAGAACCGUAUCAGAGGGGACCACGAUGGCGUACAUUAAGAACGUAAACGACAAAGUCGAUGCUAGGAUCCUUCGAGAGGUUCUCGAGAAGUACGGCGAGCUCAAAUAUUUCGACGUGGCGCGACCUAGGAACUGUGCCUUUGUCGAAUUUGCUGAUGCCGCCGGCUACGCUGCCGCCGUUGCUGCUAACCCCCACACCGUCGGCACUGAACAGAUUUACGUCGAAGAGCGUCGACCCCGUCCCAAUGCAUAUGGCGGCAGCAAUGCUAACUUCAAUCGUGGUGGUGGAACCGCCAACCGGGGCCGGGGUGGCAUGCAGAGCGGCCGAUCUGGAAGUCAGACCAACUUUCCCAAGGAUGCCGGACGUGGUGGGGGAUUCCAACGGGGUGGGAAGCCUGGCACUGGUACCGUCACUCCCAAGGGACGUGGCCAAGGCCAAGCUGCGUGA